ACCCAAACAACAAUCAAAAUGUUCAAACUCGCUGCUGUCUGCUUCUUCGCUGCUUUGGCUGUGGCUGCUGCCAAGCCUGGUCUGCUGGCCGCCGCUCCUCUGGCCUACACGGCACCAGCUGUGGUGGGCAGCGCUGCCUAUGUGGCACCUUAUGCCUCCAGCUACACUGCCCACUCGGUGGCACAUAGCGCUGCCUUCCCCGCUGCCUACACCGCUCCGAUUGCUGCCGCUUAUACCGCACCUGUUGCCGCUCCGUUUGCCGCUGCCUACACCGCUCCAGUGGCACGUUUCGCCUCUCCCUACGCCGCUGCCUACACUGCUCCGUUUGCCUCGCCCUACGCCGCUGCCUACACCUCUCCCUUGGCCUACAGCUCGCCCUAUGUGGCCCGUCCAUAUGCCGCCGCCCCGCUGCUGCUGAAGAAGUAAAUCUGCAAUCCCCCGACCCCUGCGAAAUGGUGCACCAUGAUCGUACUUCCCAUGGUUUUGGCACUCAUUUUCCAUUCUGCACUUUGUGAUUUUGUUUUGUGAAGUAAACGUUUAAGAAUCAAUGG